UCAGAUUGUCCUAAUGCUCUCCUCAGACAACACAACAGACAUCCAAAAAGUCUGAUAUUUUUGCCUAUAUUGUAUUAGCAAAAAACUAAGAUUCUUUUGAGGAGGCACGUGGUGGUACAGUAGCUAUUUUUGAGGAAAAAAUAGUUAUAAUACAGUUGCAAAGAUCUACUAGUGAUCCAGAUCUCUUCUUCUCUUCCUCUCCCAUCUUCAAACAAGUCAGCAAAAAUCUACUUCAUCUCCAUCAGGUGUUUAACGUAGGAUGGCCUUGGUCACCACUGCUGAAGUUUGCGAUGCAAAUCCACAGCUUAUUGUGAGUGGUGAACUACGGGCACUGCAGCCAAUCUUCAAAAUAUAUGGCAGGCGCCAAGUCUUCUCUGGACCUGUUGUCACUCUGAAAGUAUUCGAAGAUAAUGUUUUGGUUCGUGAGUUUCUCGAGGAGAAAGGUAACGGUAGAGUUCUUGUUGUCGACGGGGGUGGUAGUCUAAGAUGUGCAAUUUUGGGUGGCAACCCUGUAGUACAAGCUCAAAACAACGGAUGGGCUGGGAUCGUAGUAAAUGGCUGUGUAAGGGACGUGGACGAAAUCAAUGGCUGUGAUAUCGGAGUCAGAGCUCUGGCUUCACAUCCAAUGAAAGCCAAUAAGAAAGGUAUCGGAGAGAAGCACGUUCCCAUAACCAUUGCCGGGACUAGAAUCUGCGAUGGUGAGUGGCUUUAUGCAGAUACCGAUGGCAUUCUGAUAUCUAAAAUGGAGCUAUGUGUUUGAGAACAUGUAUCACCAUGCCUUAAGUAAGUGCAUUUCAGUUGUGAACUUAUUUUUAUGGAGCUUAUAACUACUGCUUUAUAUGUUAUGGGAAUCGCGAGCUUCAUUAAUCUAUUGUAUGUUGUAAGUCAAACUCGUCGUGAACACGUUUUAAG